AUGGUUAAACGGCUCCUUCCCUGCCUUUUGAGGUUUUCUCGGCGACCUCUUUAUAGGUUCUCUCUUCUUCAGAGGGUCUCUGGAAGGGUUGAAAAGAAAAGGCGAAAGAGAGAGAUCUUACAGCCCUAUUCAAGAAGCAAGUCUGGACUAGAGAUAAGUGAUAAAAGCAUAAGUAAAGGUGAAAAUAGGGACAAGACAUUGGACCUGAUGGUUCCGGAAGGGACUCAAUUGACAAGGAAUAAAAUUAUAUCUGAAGCUGCUGCAUUUGAGCUUCCUGCCUCAUUGGUUUGUGCUAAUGUUGGAAAGAGAUUCGAGAUUUUAAGGUCGAAUAAACAUGCUGCUUUCCUGCGGAAGAAGAAUAGGAAUCCUUAUAACUACAGACCUGAUAUUGUUUAUGAGGCACUGGGUGAAAUUAUGGAUAGCCGACUUUGCAAAGCAGGUAGGCUAGAAGCUAUAUAUGUGAAAAACGAUGAAGGUGUUUUGAUUAAGAUUGAACCAAAUACUCGCAUGCCAAGGGGAUUGGGAGGUUUCUGUAGCAUGAUGGCUCAGUUACUGCAAAAGUUCAGUAUCAAAGCUGCGGGUGGAAAAAGGAAGCUUUUGCUCUUGGUUGAGAAUCCUGUAACUCAAUAUCUACCAGUCAACUCCCGUAACCCGAUGUAUAAAUGCUGUAACUCAAGCCUGUAA